AUGUUCCAUAAUUUAUCCGGCUACGACGCGCAUUUCAUUGUCAAAGAACUGGCUAGCAAUUUCAAGGGCAAUAACGAUGUAUUGCCGAUUAAUAAAGAAAAGUACAUUUCGUUCACGAAACACGUUUACGGGUUCGAUGACAAUAAAACACCAUGGUAUAACCACAUGCAAUUGCGGUUCAUCGAUUCAUUUAAAUUCCUAAGCAGCAGUCUCGAUAAACUGUCAUCUUAUUUAAAUAACGAUAAACUCCGAAUCGUACGAUCUGAAUUUGCAAAAUUGUCGGCUGACGACUUUGAUUUACUUACGCGAAAGGGCGUGUUCCCUUACGAGUACGUGGAUUGUGCCGAAAAAUUAGAGGAUACUCGCCUACCGCCGCGCGAAUCGUUCUAUAGUUCUCUGACCGGUGAUACGGUAUCCGAGAGCGAUUACGCGCAUACCGAGAACAUCUGGCAGCGGUUCGUCAUUCGAACGCUCGGCGAGUACAGCGAUUUGUACUUGAAAACGGAUGUCUUGUUGUUGACCGACGUAUUCGAAAAUUUCCGCGAUAGCUGCAUCAAUAGUUACGGUCUCGAUCCCGCGUAUUAUUACACUCUGCUCGGUUUUACGUGGGACGCGAUGCUCAAGCAUACGUGUAUAAACUUCGAACUUCUUACCGAUAUCGAUAUGGUCAUAUACAUAGAACGCGGUAUACGCGGCGGCCUGAGCCAAUGUUCGAACAGGUACGCGCAAGCCAACAACAAGUACAUGCAGUCGUACGACCCAUCGAAACCUUCGUCGUAUCUCAUGUACUUUGAUGUUAAUAACUUGUACGGUUGGGCAAUGUGUCAAUCACUGCCCUAUGCCGAAUUUCGAUGGGUCGAUGACACUUCCAAUUUCGACGUGAACGCUAUCGCUCCUGAUUCAUCGAAAGGGUACAUUCUCGAAGUCGAUCUCGAGUAUCCGCAACAGCUUCACGACGCGCACGUCGACCUUCCGUUCUGCCCAACGCACGAUAAGUCGCCGGGUAAACGGCAGGAUAAGUUGCUCGCAACUGUGUACGAUAAGAAGCGGUACGUCAUUCAUUACUGCAAUCUGCAGCAGUGUACUCGUAACGGUCUUCGCGUCACAAAAAUACACCGCGUAUUAGAAUUCGCGCAAUCUCCAUGGCUCCGCGAUUACAUCGAACUAAAUACGCGAUUUAGAACGGCAGCGAAAAAUGAUUUUGAUAAAAAUUUGUACAAACUUAUGAACAACGCGGUAUUCGGUAAAACCAUGGAGAAUGUGCGCAAUCACGUGGAUGUUAAACUGUUAACGAAAUGGAACGGACCAUACGGCGCGGAGGCAAUGAUCGCGAAACCGAAUUUCCACAGUCGCAGCGUCUUUUCGGAAAACCUGGUCGCGAUCGAGAUGCGUAAGCUCGAGGUGAAGUUCAACAAACCGAUCUACAUGGGUAUGUGCAUCCUCGACAUAUCCAAGGUCUGUUUGUACGAGUUUCACCACGAGUACAUGUUACCCCUUUAUCGCGAGAAGUGUAAGGUUACGUACACGGAUACCGAUAGUUUGAUUUAUCAUAUCGAGUGCGAUGACGUGUACGAGCAAAUGAAACGCGACAUUGCACGAUUUGAUACAAGUAAUUACGCAUCCGACAACGUAUACGGAAUACCGCUCGCGAAUAAAAAGGUGCCAGGUUUAAUGAAAAAUGAGAACAACGGCGCGAUCAUGACGGAAUUCGUGGGGCUCAGAGCGAAAGUGUACUCUUUGAAAGUAGACGGUAAAAAAGAUACGAAGAAAGCGAAAGGAGUCAAGACGAAUGUAGUCGCGCGAACGAUAGCGUUCAACGAUUACAUGCAGUGUUUGAAAGACCGCAUAGAAAUGACUCGAGAUCAAUCGCGUAUAACAUCGAAGCUGCAUAACGUGUACACCGUUCGCGAGACGAAAAUCUCUCUGAGUCCGUACGACGAUAAGCGCUACGUUGUACCCGAUACGACCGAUACGCUACCAUGGGGACAUUUCCGGAUACCGUUGUAA